AUGGCAUUUUUCCAAUUACUUCUGAAAGCCAGGAAGCUAGAAAAAGCUAGGGUAAAAUACGAGGAUGAAAAGUUCUUAUCGAUUGAGAUUUCAAAAGGUGCCAAGCCUAAAUACACUUUGAAACAGAAAUUCCGACGAAAGAAACUCUUCUUGAAGAAAAAGGUUAAAAAGUUCUUCGACAAAAUCCUCUCGGUACCAAAGAAUUCUUGGUCUUACAAAAAGAUUAUUGCAAUUCGUACCGAUGGCACUUUGGAGAAUUUCGUAGCGAAGAGUCUCUUUGGUUUCAUCAGUGGGAUACUCCUCACUUACAUGUUCUUCGUGUUUUUCGUUUUUCAAUUAAAUUUCAAGCUAUCAUCUGCGACAACAAUUUGCACGAUAAUAGGAGUGAUCCUCACGAUUGGCCUCGCUUUUUCUUAUCGAAUACGAUGCGUCGUGUUACUCUUGCUGCCACAGUUUUUUUCCAAACGAGGAAGACAAGCUCUGAUGGCGUACGCUUUUAUUUUAGCAUUGACUGGACCAGUGAAGAACACUUUGCACAACACUAGUGUACUCACAGAAUCAUUAGCCUGUGCACAAGAACAAUUAAAAGAAGCAGUGAAGACAGUGAUCGAUCUAGCAAAGCAGCCAUUUUAUGCUUUGCGAGAUGCCAUUUCGAAAGUCAUCAAAUCAGUGAAAGUAGUAGUGAAGAAAAUUAAGCAGACACUGGUCGCGAUUAAGAGACUUGUUCUCAGUAUACUGAAAGUAAUCACUUCCGUAUUCCAAUGGCUGGGCAGUGUAAUAAAUAUAUGCAACAAAAAACUAGGCACCCCUUUCGACAGGUGUCAAAGGGUAUUCGAGGGUGCAGUGGCUGAUUGCAAAGCGAAAUUGGGACCCUAUUUUGGUGUCGUUUGCAAUAUAACUUACAUAGUCAGUACCCUAUGCUACAUAGUUAAACCAUUGGAUUUCAUAUGCAUGCUAGUCUCUUACGUAGCAGACACUGUGGUUGGUGCUGUACGAACCAAAAUUAAAAAAUUCACGAUGCACAUGAAGGCAAUGUUCUACGUCAAAGUGAAGUUCUCUCAUUCGUUUCACUUCGAGACUAAUCAAAGCAAAACUGUGGGGGAAGUGUCUACUAGUAUCGCUACAGAAGUAAGAUCCAGAACGGAUGCACUUUUUGGAUUCUUUGAUUGGAUGAGUUUCGUCACCUCCUUCUUCACUUUCUUCAUUUUGCUUAGGGUGAUGCGUUAUCGCUACAAAUGGUUAACUAGCGAACGUUUCGAUAAUCGAUACAUAACCGAUGAUCUACGCACUAUUGAUCUAAUAAGAGCUGGACAGGAUAAGGAAACUGUCUUACCACUUAAUCCUCGAGAAAGAAAUAAAUACGUACCCCUAUCCUCCGUCAUGUUGAUCAAACCUGAACGACUUAAAUUAGGAAGAUCUGCAGUGUUCUUGUGUUUGGCCACUGUUAAACUCGGCUCUUAUAUGAUCAUCGAUUAUAGUCUUUAUUGGGUAUUGAAGACUAUCCAACUCUAUGGACGAUUUCAAAGUAAGGUUGAACGACCAAGCGUGGUGACCAUCCACGUUUCCGGAGAUGGAUAUUUAUCAGACCUAUACAGAAGCAUCGUGAAAGCCUUCACUCCGCAGGGACAAGGUUCAGAAAUCGAUACGAUGUUGUGUCUUCCAGCUCCUGUGACACCGGACCUAGACAAAUAUACUCAAAUCAUUACUCUGAUUAUAUUCUGUUGGCUGAUGGCAUUUUUAGAACCGUACGGUUUACGACUGAGACAAGUGGUCAUGUGUCAGUAUUAUCCGGACCGAGCUAAACAAAGAGCAGCCUGGUUGUACAAUCACAUCAUCAGGUCGAGGGGAAGCUUUCUGAAGUUCGCCAGACGUCAACUGCGCCGGAAGUUCGGUCUGGCCGAGGGAGAAAAAAUCGAAAGAGUGACUCUGAAAGAGAGAUUGUGGGCAACGUUACCGUGUCUGAGGGUUCUCUUUCCUAUGAAGCAAAGGAUGUGUCUUCUAUGCGGCGCUGUGGAACAGGAUGAUAAUUUGCAUAUCAAGUGCCCGACUCCUGGUUGCGUCGGUCUAUAUUGUUCCCAGUGUUUCGCUGAUUUGCAGAAUAUGUGCACUAUUUGUCAGAGUCCAGUGGAAUAUGGCGACCUGUCCGACAUGAGUGAAGAAUUUGAUUCUUCUGAUGAUCAAUUGCCGGUGAUCAAAGUAGAGCCAGCUAAGCCUGAGGAAGAAGAAGAGGAGCCAUUAUUGGAGGAAGAAGAAACAGUGAUCGAAGAAGAGGAAGAGGAGCAGACGGAGGAGCCAACGGAGGAGCCAACGGAGGAGCAAACAGUGGAGCCAGAAGAAGAAAGAACGGAAGUUGAGGUUGAGGAAGAAGAAAAAGUGAAGAAAGAAGAUUUAUCAAAGGGGGAAGAAAAAGUGGAAAAAGAAGUAGCUCAGCAGACGGAUGAUAAAUACGUAGAAUACGUAGAUCGAAGCUCUGAAUCUAGUUACAGUUACACAUAUCAAGACGAAUCUCCUCAGGAAGCGGAGAUUGAGAAAUGCAGAGAGCCAUUCAAAGAUUUGGAAGCGCAGAAAAUUAGAGACGACGUGACUAUCCAAAUAUUCAACGAACCGUUCAUAAAAGACACUUGUUCGAGCUGCGAUUCCCCGUCUGGUUUCGUGGUGAGGGCACGUAGGAAGGUUUGUGCCAGAUUGAAAAAGAGGAGACCUCGCGAGAAAGAUUCCGAUUCGUCAACUUCGAUCGCCGACACGGAAUCAUGGUCGACCGAGGAAGUCGACGAGGAAGAAGUGAUACAUAUAGAAGUGGACGAUAGCUCGGAAGAAUUACUUCCGAAGGAUCGAAAGGAUAAGGAGAAACGAGGUCGUAUAAAUAAAAUCGUCAGCGCGGUAGCGAGGAUUCCCUGGCUUGGUAAAGCAGAAAAUGAUAAAAAAUGUAGAGGUUUACAAAGGAAACGACCAUCUCUGAUGAACAGGAUCGUAAGCAUGCUUCAUAAAAAGCAAUCAAUGCCAGUCCAAUCGUACAGAAGAAGUAGAAAGACAAAGGAUUCAUGGUCCUCUUCCACUUCCUGUGACGAUGAACAGGAAACUCUGUUAAGUAGCAGAGAUGAUAGACACCUAACGAGACGAAGAAUUAAAAGAACAACAGAUGAAUCUGAUGAAGUGAAGAAUUUAAAUCUGAGACAUCCAUGUGAAAAGAGAUUCACUACGAAAAGAUUGCCUAGGUAUUUGGAGUCUACUGCGAGAAGUACUUCGUAUUUUGAAGUAGACGAGACCGAGGAUUCGCGAACUGCAAGAAAAUGCGUCCGACGAGUAGAUGAUAUCAAUAAAUUGUCGAGCAAAGGAUCUACGGAUGUGAAGAAGAGAGAUUAUUGGAAUAUAACAGAAGAUGAUGAAUUAAUAGGACCUUGUUCUUGUACGUCUGAGAUCACGUAUGACACAACUGGAGACAGAGAAAUUUUGGAAAUGACCACCAUAUCAGAACAUACUGACGAUACUAAAAAACAUAUCAAGGAAACGGAAACGGAAGGUACAAUGACUGUUUCAGAAAGUGAAAUGGAUUAUACUGAUGAAACGGAUGAGGUGGACAUUUCGAGGAAAGCUGAUGAUACAAAGGGUACUAUUAAAUAUCCUGAUGAGUCUGAUGAUACAAAGGAUACUAUUAAAUAUCCUGAUGAAUCUGAUGAUACAAAGGAUACUAUUAAAUAUCCUGAUGAAUCUGAUGAUUUCUCUGAAUAUAAGAAAUCAGUAGAUUUGAAAGACAAGAAAGAAGAAGGGAAAGGAUUGAGUAAAAAGCCAGAAAAGAAAGUUAAAACUAAAGUUGCGAAGACUAAAAUAAUUUCUGCACCUCCAAAAGAAGAUACAGAAAAAGUUGCAGAGAUUCCUGCUUCGACGUAUGACCCAUUAGCAGGUUUAGAAUUAUAUGGCGUUAGUUAUAAACCGAAAGAAAGACCUGCACCUAGGAAACAGAAAGCAGACAUAGAAAGAGAAGUUGAAGAAACUGAAGAAACUGAAGAAACGAAAGCUACGAGAACUAAACAGAAAAGUAAUAUAAUUUCUGCACCCCCAGAAGAAGAUACAGAAAAUAUUAUAGAGAUUCCAAGACAUAGAGGCGGUGGUUCAGUAUAUGAUCCAUUAGCAGGAUUAGAAUUAUAUGGUGUUAAUUAUAAAUCGAAAGGAAGAUCUGCACCUGUAAGGCAAAAAAUAGAUGCAGAGAAGAAAGCUGAAGAAGCUGUAGAAAUUGAGAAGACUGAAGAAGCUGAAGAAAUUGAAAAGAUUGAAGAACCUGAAGAAAUUGAAAAGACUGAAGAAGUUGAAGAAACUGAAAAGACCACAGAAAAGGAAUUAGAAAAAGAUGUUGUGAAAGAAGGGACAAAGCAAGCUGCAAAAUUAAAAGUUGAUAAAUCUACAGAUUUACCUGACAGAAGUAGGUCUACUCAAACAAAGUUGCAGAGUCGUGAUAAGGAUAUGAAAAGCAAAUAUGUUAAGAGAGUUUCAGAUGCUCCAGAUACAAAAGAAUCUAGAAAAAUGUCUAAAGUACCUGAGAAAAUAUUGACGUCUCAGGAAUUGAUUAAAAAAGACAAAAAGAAGAAACAUCGAAAGAGAUACAAAGAAGAGGACCUUCUUAAACCUUAUACCUCAAAAAGAAAAAAACGUAGUUGCUCAAAAAGAAGAAAACAUAGUUGCUCAAAAAGAAGAAAAUGUAGUUGCUCAGAAAAAUCAACGUUAACUGAAGAUGAAGAAUUCCACGCAUCGCAGUUCGAAGAUAGAGAGCUACCUCCAGAACCAACACAGAAGUAUCAAAAAGAAGAAUAUUGUUCUGGAAAAUCAGGAAGGCCAUUUUCAGGAUUUCAGGAAUCAGAAAAAUGGGAAUCACAUGGGAACGCAUACUCUCCUUACGAUUCCCAUACAAUGGGAACAUAUAGAAGAUAUCCUGAGCAAUCUUGCAGCACGUAUGAAAGUCCUUGUCAUUUUGGUCCACGAAGUUAUGAGUCCCCUCAUCAAGACCCCAGAAAAAUGAUCCAUCCAGAAUCAACGGAGCAAGGGUUUGAAAUCCCUAUGGUAAAGAAAUAUUUGCCAAUGUAUCAGAGUCCAGAAUUGAUCGAAGAAUUGAAAAGACACGAUCGAAUAAGACUGAUUCGAGAAAGAGAGGCUAGGGAACGUGAAAUUGCAAGUUCACCAGGUUCAAUUUCCACGUGUUCCAGAAUGGAAGCUCCGAGGACCAAUCGUAGCAUUGUAUGCGAUUAUUUGACACCUAGCAAGAUAGCCAAGGAAAAAGAUAUUUUUCCUUAUCAAGAGACUCAAGCUUACAAGAACGUGUUACGUGAAUUUCAAAAAAGAACCUCUCGUCAAAAGGCUUACAAAAAAUCAGAUACCAUACCUUUGAUGCAUUUAUCUAAGAAAGCGGAUAAAAGUAAACAGGUAGAACUAUUAUAUCCACCUAAAAGUCAAAGAAGAUCUGAUGCUGUGAAAAGAUUUGCUAAAAGAAUGAUUGCACCUUUCAAGCCAGUCCCGUGUGAAAAACACAAGCAAAAGGCUGUUCCUCGUUCGACGUUUAAAAAAAAGGGUGAAACGUGUGAUGAGUGUUCGUUUGAUCCAGAAAUUUUCAUCGAGAUAUCAUCUGUUUGCGAUUGCAGCGAGAAGACAGAAAAAUCUGAUGGGUCUACAUCCGCCGAUGAAACGACAGAUAAUAACGAGUCACCACGAUGAGUGAAGAUCGUCGAUUGUUUGGAGUCGUUUAUCUAACCUACAGAAUGAACGCGUACCGGAAGAAAAAUUAGCAAUAUGUGUUCGCGAUAAGAGGAGAUCGAUGCACUUUCGUUCGAAACGACAGCAAAUUACACGAGUUUCGGCGAUGUCGACAACAACGAGAGAUAAUUCAAGCACCCACGUAAAGAUUUUUCAAAACGGGACAGACGACGUUGAAUUCGAUGUAGAUAGAAGGAAAAAGAAAAAA